AUGACAUGCUUUGUUAUUAUGAUGUUUACUCUGAUAAGAAUAUCUUUAUGUGACACAUACUCAAACUCAAUGGCUGACUGUGAGAACCUUAUAUCUAAUUUCUACCCAACAAUUGACAGUGAUGGUUUUCCCACUGAUAAUCGUGAUCAGCCCUACGAAACCAUCAGAUGCCAGAUCAAUGGUAUCUGUCCUGAUGGGGUCUCUAGGUUGUCUUGCACUUGGAUGAGAUAUUUAGAGCUUUAAUGCUAGCAAGUUAAUAGUGUGACAUAAAUAGUUGUGAUUACAAAUAACAUGCCUGAUCAUUGUUACUUCAAUGAAAGAGACUAAAAUUACCCGACAGCGGCAGCUGAUUUUGCAAGACUCCAUAAGUAUAAAUUCUCAGCCAAUUUCAAUGUCCAUCCAAGUGACACUGUGGUGGCUUAAGGGAAAGAUGACAUAUAAUUCUGGAACAUGACUAUCAUUAAUGACUAGAGCGUCUUGGACUACAAUCUUUGCAAUUAUAAUCUAUUCAAAUCCAGUUUAAUCGAUUCCUCCAUAAGCUACUCUGAGAGUUUAUUCACCAGUACAUACACUCAGCCCUCCUGGGAAUUAGAUCAAAUUAAUUUUCCAUCCAAUAGACUCACAAACUCAGAUAACAUUGUAGGCGUAGCACUAAAUGGAGUUUUCUUGAGAAACGGUGCAAGUGAUUUACAAUUUGAUGGCUUCUUUCCCAAACUCUACGGGACAAAAAGUCUGUUCAAAUACUUCUAAACAGAUGUUUGUCUAGGUACUUCAGAGACUUAUAAUAGCUACUCAUAUCAUAUGUAUUCACCUUGUAUGUACCCUAGUGUGCAAAUAAAGACUAUUGUUUCCAGUUGUAAUAAUGAACUAUAUCCCUUUUGCAAGCUACAGCCUGAAAAGCACAUCAAAACCUAUACACCAUCUUAAGUAAAAACUAUGGUGCCUAUUGGCAUAGCCAGAGAUGGAAGAGUAAUUUAUGGGCCAUUUAGAUCUGAUGGAGACUUAUGGCAACCUUGUGAUGUCGACAUAUGUAAUGGCCGCUACUUCACAGGUAAUUAUUAUGGCUAUGUAGCAACAAUGUUUCAUCCUUAUUUAAUUGGAUGUUGGGGUCCGGCAAAUGCUCCAAACCUGCAACCAUCUUGCACUUCUAACCCCAGAGUUUGUUUGCAGUCAAGCUUUUUAGAAGUAUACCCAAGUAUUUUAAUGUUUAGUUCAAUUAUGCUUCUCAUAUUAUCGGGAAACAGCUUUUGA